CUAGACCCAUCAAUUUAUUUGAAAUGGCUUGCACAAAAAAUGUGGACAACUCCGACAAGCGCAAAGUGGCUCUUAUAACCGGAAUUACGGGUCAGGAUGGAUCUUAUCUAACUGAAUUACUCCUCACUAAGGGUUAUGAAGUCCACGGUCUCAUCCGUCGCUCUUCCAAUUUCAACACCCAACGGAUCAAUCACAUCUAUGUCGAUCCCCAUAACACCAACAAGGCUCAAAUGAAGCUCCAUUAUGGUGACCUAACUGAUGCCUCUUCUCUUCGUCGUUGGAUUGACACUAUCCUGCCUGACGAGGUUUACAAUCUGGCUGCUCAGUCCCAUGUUGCUGUCUCCUAUGAGAUCCCGGACUAUACGGCUGAUGUUGUUGCCUCUGGGGCACUCCGUUUGCUGGAGGCUGUCCGGUCCCAUAUUGACGACACUGGCCGAGUUAUUCGCUACUAUCAGGCUGGUUCCUCGGAAAUGUAUGGAUCCACUCCGCCCCCACAAUCUGAGGAUACUCCAUUCCAUCCUAGAUCUCCCUAUGCUGCAUCCAAAUGCGCAGCCCAUUGGUACACGGUGAACUAUCGGGAAGCCUAUGGGAUGUUCGCGUGCAACGGGAUUCUCUUCAACCACGAGUCUCCUCGUAGGGGCGAGAAUUUUGUGACCCGAAAGAUAACCCGAGCAGUGGGUCGUAUCAAGAUGGGGCUCCAGGAAAAGUUAUUCCUGGGGAAUCUGAAGGCAUCUCGAGAUUGGGGCUUUGCUGGAGAUUACGUGGAGGCCAUGUGGAUGAUGCUUCAACAGGAGACACCAGAUGACUAUGUGGUUGCCACGGAGGAGUCUCAUACCGUGGAGGAGUUCUUGGAGGCUGCUUUCGGUUACGUGGGGUUGAAUUGGGAGGACCACGUGGAGAUCGACCCGAGAUAUUUCAGGCCAGCUGAGGUGGACAAUUUGAAAGGGGAUGCCAGCAAGACCAAGAAGUUGCUGAGCUGGACACCUAGGGUUGGAUUCAAGGAGUUGGUGGCAAUGAUGGUGGACAAUGACUUGACACUUGCUAAAAGAGAGAAAGUUUUGGUUGAUGCAGGGUAUGUCGAUGGCAAGUAACUAGCAAACCUUUUGUUACCCAUUUUUAUCAACUAUUAUCACUACCUUAUAAUGGUCACAAAUAUUACUAUUUCAGCAUGCAUUUACCUUUUCUAA